AUGGGAAAGGGAUCUGUGUGUAAUACUCGUUAUAGGGAGCUGAAGGAUUGUGUAUGCGAGUUUAGUGGUUCUGCGUUUGGUUAUUUUCCAGUGGGUGUAAACUGGGGCACGGGUGGUAGCAAGGAUCAAAGUGCUAUCAGAGUCUUGGAAAGCAUGGACACUCAGAAAAGACAACCAGAAAAGCAGUCUUCUUCCAACACUACUGCUCCUGCCGUUACUUCAUGUCGAAAGAAAAAGAAUGAACAAGCUGCUUUCUUGGAAGAUUUGAAGGAUCACAUUGACGAGUUUAUAAAUGCUUCCGUGGAUGAACACAAAAGUUGCUUUAAGAAAACGAUUCACAAGAUGUUUGGUUUGUCAAAGGCUGUUACAGAAGGGCACUCCAAUGCUUCCAAAGAAGUUGAAAGUUGUCUGCCUCUUCGGACAACUGUACAAGACUAG